AGCAAAACAGUUUCAUCCAAGAUCUCUCUGCUUUGCUAGCUUUACUGCGAGAUUCUUGCUUGAUUCGAUCAACGUGUCUGAGCUUUGAUUCAAGCUUUGGCUUUAAGUGGGUUUUGGAGAGAUACUGUCAUCGCGAUGGUUAAUGACUUGGAAUUAGCGAUAAAGAAUGCGGAUGAUCUUAAACGUGUGGAUCAAGAAAAUAAAGACCCUUUGUUAGCUCAGGAUGAGACCAAACUUGAUCUUGAUAAAGAAUCCACAACCACAACUCAUACCUAUCGGUUAAACUCCAAGGGUUUGGUGAGUGAAGAGCUUAUUAAGGAUGAUACGGUGCUGGUCGUUGGUUUAGGUUGGUCCCUCUGUGACUCGCACGAUAACACGAAACUGGAGAUUAAUAAAGCUCUGAGAAAGCAAAAGCUAGCACACCCAGAAGCUGCGGAACUGGCUGCCAUCAUUCACGGUUUUGAAUCGGCCUUUGAACUUGGUGUGAAAAAUAUCCAAUUCUUCUGUCACGACUCCAAUAUCUUGGCCUACGUUACUCGUAAAGCUACACCGAAAGAGUCCAUUGUAGCAAAACUUUUGGAGCAAGUGUUUCGUCUUCAGACAAGAUUCACGUCUUGUCAGGCACUUGCUGCUGUAAGCAGAGACGACAUCAAUUCUGUCAUUAUGCUAGCAAAAUAUGCUAUAGCUUCACAAACUAGAUGGUGUGAAGGCGACACCGAGUAUGAGAGUUGUCCAGUUUGCUACGCUUACGUUUCACCUAAUGAUAAGUUUGAGGUGCGCGGCUGCUUCCACCGCAUCUUCGUUACGUGCAUGAGGAAGCCCUUCUCAUCAGAACAACUUCUACGAGGGAACACAGCAAUCUGUCCUUACCCGGAUUGCGAGAAUGAUCUUGUGCCAGAGGAUUGUAGAGGUUUUGCUGAUGCUAAUGCUAUUACGCUUAUGAUCCAACGCAAGAAGGAGAAGGCAAUCCCGAUUAAAGAUAGAGUCUAUUGUCCCAACCCUUCUUGUUCCUUUCUGAUGUCGGACCUUGACCUCGUACGCAAUAAUAAUCCUCAGCAGUCAGAAGCACGGAAGUGCAUGGAGUGCGGCUUGUCUUUCUGUAAAAAAUGCCAUGUUCCAUGGCACUACAAGAAGACAUGCGAUGAGUUCAAGAUGUCGGAGUCUUACCUGAAAUCUGACGCGGCGCUUUUGGAGUCUUUUGUGAAGAUACAAGGAUGGAAAAAGUGUUCCUAGUGUCAGAGCAUCGUUCAACAUGGUGGCGGAUGCAAACAGAUGACUUGCCGAAAUUGCAAACACGAGUUCUGUUACACAUGUGGUGCUGCGUGUAGAAAGAAGAAACUGACAUGUAAAUGCUCGCGUUCAGGGAAAUAAACUUCCAAGGAACCUUGUGAUGAAUGCUCGAAUGCAUCUCAUGGAUGUCAGACUCACUCGAAAGAAGCUCAUCAGUCUAGCCCUGUUUCUGUUCCGGAGAUGCAGACUGAAACAAGAACUCUGGAAAAAGUUUGAAUUGAAUUAGUUUAUGGUUUGCUUACUACUUCUUGAUUAUUAGGGUCUUCUUAGUUGAUUACAUUGAUUCGCUGUUGCUAACAUCACGAAAGUAGUUAGAAGAGACUACCAUCGUUUAAGAACAAUAUCUGUUACGAAAAGUUAUGAAUACGAAAUUACAGAUAUAAAA